AUGGGGCCCUGUCUGUCGCGGCGGCCGCCCUCGGAGCCCUCCCUGACCCUGGCCGCGCUGACCCCCGAGCUACUGGCCCUGGUGCUGAGCCACGUGACGCCGCGAGCGCUGGUGACGCGCUGCCGGGCCGUGUGUCGCGCCUGGCGCGACGUGGUGGACGGGCCCGACGUGUGGCUGCUGCAACUGGCCCGCGAUCGCAGCGCCCAGGGCCGAGCCAUCUACCUGUUCGCCCAGCGCUGCCCUCCCGCCCGCCGGGACCAGGCCGAGGACGAGCUCCCGCUCUGCGCUCUGGCGCGCUACUGCCUGCGCGCGCCCCUGGGCCGAAACCUCAUCUUCAACCCCUGCGGAGAACACGGCUUCAGAGGCUGGGAGGUGGAGCACGGCGGGAAUGGCUGGGCCAUAGAAAAGAACCUAAUCCUGGUGCCUGGGGCUCCUCCCCAGACCUGCUUUGUGACUUCUUUUGAAUGGUGCUUCAAGAGACAGGUGGUGGAUUUGGUGAUGGAGGGCGUGUGGCAAGAGCUGCUGGACAGUGCCCAGAUCGAGAUCUGUGUGUCCGACUGGUGGGGUGCCCGAGAGAACUGCGGCUGCAUCUACCAGCUCCGGGUCCUCCUCCUGGACGAGUACGAGAAUGAAGUGGUCAAGUUCUUGGCUUCACCCAACCCUGUCCGUCAGUGGACCGAGAGGGGCUGCCGCCAGGUCUCCCACGUCUUCUCUGACUUCGGCAAGGGCAUCCGCUACGUGUCUUUUGAGCAGUAUGGACGGGACACAAAUUCCUGGUUAGGGCACUAUGGUGCACUGGUGACCCGCUCCAGCGUGCGGGUCAGGCUGCGCCUGUCCUAG